GUUUGGGGUACCGUGUCUAAUCGGAAUAUUGUUAUAAAGUGCAACAUAAAGAGCAUUAGUUAGUGUGGGUCGGCGAAGGGGCCUGGCACGAUCACAAUAAUGGAGCAAACAAAAAUCAAAUUACUUGUCGCAUUAUUUCUAGCCACUGUCCUAACAUGUGGCGAAGGUAGUGUACUUGAUGAUCUUAAAGAAGCUUACUAUAAUGCGCCUAGCUCUUCUUUACAACAAUUUCUAGAAGAUGAAACACCAUAUCUUGCAAAAAUACUAGGUAGAAAUAAUAUUAUUGAAUCUGGGCAAAAACAAAAGCAAUAUUAUGACAAUAUGAUUCCAACAACGGACGAAUAUUUAAGUAACGGUCCAAGCAAUUCAAUUUCUGACAUAUCUGAAGAAGGCAUACUUAGCAAACAGCCUUAUAAUCCUCCUCCUACAGAACAGCAUUAUAAUUCUCCACCUCCAGAACAGCGUUAUAAUACUCCUCCGACAGAACAGCAAUACAAUCCUCCACCUAGAGGACAUUAUUAUAAUCCUCCACCUGAAGAACAGUAUUAUAAUCUUCUUCCUACACAACAGCGUUAUAAUCCUCCACCUUCAGACCAGGAUUAUAAUCCUCCUUCAACAGAACAGCGUUAUAAUCCUCCACCUACUAAACAGUAUUAUAAUCCUUCACCUAAAGAACAGCAAUAUAAUCCUCCUUCUACAGAACAGUUUUAUAAUCCUCCUCCUACAGCACAAUAUUAUAAUCCUUCACCUAGAGAACAUUAUUAUAAUCCUCCACCUACAGAACAGUAUUAUAGUGCUCUUCCUGUACAACAGCGUUUAAAUCCUCCACCUUCAGAGCAGGAUUAUAAUCCUCCUCCUACAGAACAGCGUUAUAAUCCUCCUCCUACAGAACAGCGUUAUAAUCCUCCUCCUACAGAACAGCAAUACAAUCCUCCACCUGAAGAACAGUAUUAUAAUCUUCUUCCUACACAACAGCGUUAUAAUCCUCCACCUUCAGAUCAGGAUUAUAAUCCUCCUUCUACAGAACAGCGAUAUAAUCCUCCUCCUACAGAACAGCGAUAUAAUCCUCCAACUACCGGACAAUAUUAUAAUCCUCCUCCUACAGUACAGCAAUAUAAUCCACCUCCUACAGAACAGCGUUUAAAUUCUCCACCUCCAGACCAGUAUUACAAUCUUCCUCCGACAGAGCAGCGUAAUAAUCCUCCACCUACGGAACAAUAUUAUAAUCCUCCUCCUACAGAACAGCAUUUAAAUUCUCCAUCUUCUGACCAGGAUUAUAAUCCUCCUCCUACAGAACAGCGAUAUAAUCCUCCUCCUACAGAACAGCGAUAUAAUCCUCCAACUACCGGACAAUAUUAUAAUCCUCCUCCUACAGUACAGCAAUAUAAUCCUCCUCCUACAGAACAGCGAUAUAAUCCUCCAACUACCGGACAGUAUUAUAAUCCUCCUCCUACAGUACAGCAAUAUAAUCCACCUCCUACAGAACAGCGUUUAAAUUCUCCGCCUCCAGACCAGUAUUAUAAUCUUCCUCCGACAGAACAGCGUAAUAAUCCUCCACCUACCGAACAAUAUUAUAAUCCUCCUCCUACAGAACAGCAUUUAAAUUCUCCAUCUUCUGACCAGGAUUAUAAUCCUCCUCCUACAGAACAGCGAUAUAAUCCUCCACCUACCGGACAAUAUUAUAAUCCUCCUCCUACAGUACAGCAAUAUAAUCCACCACCUACAGAACAGCGUUUAAAUUCUCCACCUCCAGACCAGUAUUAUAAUCUUCCUCCGACAGAACAGCGUAAUAAUCCUCCACCUACCGAACAAUAUUAUAAUCCUCCUCCUACAGUACAGCAAUAUAAUCCACCACCUACAGAACAGCGUUUAAAUUCUCCACCUCCAGACCAGUAUUACAAUCUUCCUCCGACAGAGCAGCGUAAUAAUCCUCCACCUACCGAACAGUAUUAUAAUCCUCCUCCUACAGAACAGCAUUUAAAUUCUCCAUCUUCUGACCAGUAUUAUAAUGCUCCUCCUACAGAACAGCGAUAUAAUCCUCCAACUACCGGACAAUAUUAUAAUCCUCCUCCUACAGUACAGCAAUAUAAUCCACCUCCUACAGAACAGCGUUUAAAUUCUCCGCCUCCAGACCAGUAUUAUAAUCUUCCUCCGACAGAACAGCGUAAUAAUCCUCCACCUACCGAACAGUAUUAUAAUCCUCCUCCUACAGAACAGCGAUAUAAUCCUCCAACUACCGUACAAUAUUAUAAUCCUCCUCCUACAGUACAGCAAUAUAAUCCACCUCCUACAGAACAGCGUUUAAAUUCUCCACCUCCAAACCAGUAUUAUAAUCAUCCUCCUCCAAAACAGCAUUAUUAUCCUUUACCUAAAAAACUACAUUAUAAUCCAUCUCCUACAGAACAGCGUUACAUUUCUUCUCCUACAGUACAGCAACAUGACCCAUUUUCUACUAAACCGCGUUAUAUUUCUCCUGCCAUAGGACAUAAUUAUGAUCCUCCUCCUAGACAACACCUUUAUAAUUCUCUACAUCCUGACCAGUAUUAUAAUACUCCUCCUACAAAACAGUAUCUUCCAAACAUUUAUAAUCCAAACAAAAUACCUAUAAAACAGCGUUAUGAUCCUUCUUCAGAACAGGAUGAAAAUCCUCCUCUUACAGAACAGCCAUAUAAUCCUCCUGGGACAAUACAGGAUUAUAAUCCAUCUCCUACAGAACAAGAUUACAAUCCUCCUCCCACAGAAAAGAAUUAUAAUCCUCCUACUACAGAACAGCAAUAUAAUGAUCCACCUAGAGAGCAACAUCAUGAUUCUCGACCUCUAAAAGACCACCCUGAUCUCCAAAAACUCUUUAAAUUAAUGAAUGAUCCUGAAUAUGCACAAACAGUCAACACUGAUGAACCGGAUUCAAGCACCACCGAACCCACACGGGGGGAUGCACCUAACCCAGACUUAGCCAAUUUGUUGAAAUCUGCUAAGGGUGAACCAGAAUUAUUCAACAGAAAUCAGAUUGAUCCACGCUAUUGGCCUGAACCAGACAGACAUCACGAGAUGAUACCAAACAGAAUCAACAACCCAGACUGUAUUGUAGAUUCUAGAUCGGCAUUUUCUCCAGUUGGAGGUGGUAAAGAGUACAAAGUAAGAAAACCUCCAAAAAAUAGUAUUCUUUGGUAUUAAAUAUAAAAUAUAGUAAAUACAUAAUUAUGUUUAAUAUAACAACAAAAU